CAGUUGGAAAUCCGCCCGGCUCACAACACGUACAGUCACCGAGUCAGCGGCAUCAGACACACGCGGCACUGGUGUAGCACGACCAGACAACAUGGGUCCACUCCUGCCGAUUUUGCUGUGCGCAAUCUUCGCCUAUCCUGCUGCUUGUAGCGGCGAUCUGAACAAGGGUCCCGAGCCGAGCCUACAGGACGCCCUGGAUGCCCUGGGGAGGGUGCUGGGCUACUGUGAACGGAACUACCGUGUGCUGAACCUGGAUGCUGUCAUAGGAAUCCGCAUGGUGGACGGUCAGCUCACCGUGCUGUCCAGACGGAUCGCAGCGGGUCGGCUACCCGCGGACCCCGCCCAGUCAAGGCGGGUGGUGGAACUGCAGCGACAGGCGGCGCGUGUGGCAGACCUUACGCUGCCCCAGCUACAGAAAACCGAUCCCGACUAUUACGAACGUCUGUCGCCGAUUUUGCAGCCAGGGUUCUGGGUGAUUGACAGCCGCUCCAAGACAACAGACCCGCGCCUGUUGGCCCCGCCCACCACACCACGUGACACGCCCUUCAACGAGGAGCAAAGUGACGGAUGUCUGACAGAGCUUCUGGGGACCAAUGCAAAGACCAGUUGCAGCAUCUCCCCUUCCUGUUGGAGCCUGAUGACGUCACCCGGUUACCGGGGUUACUGGCUGACGCACGAGCUGUUCUACCUGCAGAUUGGUGAACAGGCUGGUUGCUCGCACGAGUUGGCGAUCCGCGCGGCGGAGAGCGGGCGGAGGGACGGGGUGGGCGGCAUGGAGGCCGAGUACUGCGCCAACAUCCUGCGGGAGGCCAGGGACCUGGCCGCCGCAGGCUUCAGACAGGAGGGCCGGGACCUCUUCAUGGAGCAGGCAUUACUUUGCGGCCUUGUCGGUUAUCGGGACUUUUUCCGGUCAUCAUGGUUAUCCGCCAUCUUGUCCUGGCAAUCUCCAUCCGGGUGCUUUGGUUACCAGGCAACCAUGGAAUCUGGCCAAAACAGACGGGUGCGGCGGCGGGAAAAGAUUCUGUCAGGGAGAUGUCUGUCCCACAAGACCGGUGUUGCUGCCGGCGCCCUGGCAGGGUACGUUCGCUACAUACUGGAGUACUACCGGGACCUCUCACAGGAAACCGCGGGAACUCACUGACCAAUCAACGCCCUCAGAACGGUUUUGCGGUCCAAUUAGCGUUCAAUAAAGUAGUCAUGGAAGGGCAGUGUUAGAUUAACCUUAGAUUAUC